AGAGAGAGAGAGAGAGAGAGAGAGAGAGAGAGAGAGAGAGAGCGAGAGCGCGCGCGCGAGAGAGAGAGAGGUUGGCUUAUGCAAGGAUGAGUACUACUCCGGGAGGGAAAGAAAGCCCUGCAGCGCCUUCUUCUAUCAAGGGAGGAGGCGGCAAUGCAUCUCCUCUGUCGUCCCCCGUUAGAGACAGCGUGAUCGCCACUCCUCCGAGCGAUCCUUCCUCCACCAAGUCCUCGCUGCCGAAGAAAAAGGGCGGCUUUUUCUCUUACAUCUUUGGCCCUUUCCGUUUCGUCUUCCGUCUUUUCCGCCGCCAUGACGAUUCCGACUACGGCAAGAAGUUGGAGUCCAUUUCGAAGGAAGAGAUGGCUCUGGUUAGUCGUCUGAAGCAGCGCUCCUCUUACUGGCGCCAAUUAGCGAGGGCGAUGAUUCUCUACUCGGUUGCGGCCGAGGUUGCCGUGCUUGUGUUCGCCAUCUUAUCUACACGAUCACCGACACUCUCAUGGCAGGCGAGAUCAUCACGGGUGGUGCCGGUGUUUGUGUUUCCAGCGAUGUCUUAUCUUCUAUAUGUGGCCUGUGCCAAGUACUUCCAGAUUUGCGAAGUAAAAGACAAGAAAAACUUGGAGAAGCUGCGCAAUGAACGCACACAAAAGCUUGAUCAGCUCAAGGAGGAGAAACAGUUCUAUGCCAUGCUGCAGCUCAUUCAGAAAUAUGAUCCCGACCCUGCUGCCAAGGCAGCAGCCACAACAGCCCUGGUAUCGAAGCUAGGUGCCGAAUCUGGAUUGAAGCACCGAUUGGUCUUGGACAGUGUAGAAGGGGCUGAUGGUGUACCCUCAGAUGCUGAUCCGAAUGUGCCGCGGCCACCGAAGACUGACCCAUAUGGAGCGAAUGUCAGUGGCCAAUCAUUACGGCGCCGACGGAAUAAUCCAGGAGCGGGCCCAGGACCAGUUAACGGAAGUGGUCCCAACCCUGGACUACUCCAGGAGGGAACUGGCGAGCCCCGAUCAAAUGAUGGAGGAAUCGUGGAAUUUGAAUCUCGUGGGGAUGAAGGUAUAGAUCGUGAGUGGAGGAGGAGACAUGAAGCUCUAAGGGGGGCUCCAAAUGGAGGAUUCUUUGCGCGAUUUGCGGCGAUGCUCGUGGGCGAGGAUCCAACACAGUGCUAUGCUCUCAUCUGUGCCCUAUGUCAUCAACACAAUGGUCUGGCCAAGAAGGAGGACUAUGAGGUUCUCACAUACUAUUGUCCGCGGUGCAAUCACCUGAAUGGCAACCCUGACGUCAUCGCCAACUCCGAGUCAACCUUGCCUGCUCCGGCGCAUCUUCCGAACGGGAUGGAAAAUGAGAGAGGUGCCACGGACAAUGAUGGAAACCGGGAUCCAGGAGCUGGGAUGGGGUCUACCGCACAUGUUGGUGAUGCAGGCAACGAUGCUAAAAGUGUGAAGGAAGUCAACGGGGGUGUAAAUGAGACAUUGGCCCGGAAGGAUGGGAAGUUAUAGGACUUCUGGUGGAUUCUUCUCGUGAUCGCCCGUGAACAGACUGCACACACAUUUUUGGUGUGCGGCCGUCAGCGAUUCCUUUGCUUUCGUGAGUAUGAACAAGAGGCUUGAUCGUGGACAAUGUUCAUGUUUUCGUGGAAGACAAUCGGAUGCCAAGUAGGGGCUCAUCGAAGGACUAUGAGGACCGUCUGCCAUGGCAUGCAUGAUAAGAUGCUUUCGGCCUAAAUGCCAUGGCGCAUGGCGAUUGAAAUGUGGAAAGGCGUAUUAUCUGGUGAGUGCGCUGUGGUUUUAAAAUCUACUGGGCUUCCUGUGUGAUUGGGCCGAGUGUGUUCGCUCUCGCAUAUACUUGUGGCAGUUGAGUGCUUCCAUUCAUUCAAUCAGCACUGCGGCCGAUAACAUGAAGCGGUUGUGGUCGUAUGUAGCACUCAGAACCGCAAUGAUUCUGUUAAGCUGGAAAGCGGCUGGCUGUGUAUAUUGGAGCUUUGUUGGAUGUAUGACUCUGUAUAUGCGGUGAGGGAGAGGACUACGUGCGUGGAACGAAGGGUCUCGUCCUCCGGGCCAGGGAUGACCUGCUUGCAUGCCACUUCCAUUUUUGUCCGCUUGUGGACGUCUAUGGGCUGUGAUAUGCUUUUGUCUAUGGACUGGGGUUGCGAUGCAGCAGGGCUAGUUUGGUCUGAAGGAAGAGCCAUACACCUGUCUGGCUGUAACGAAAUGAACGCCUGUGCGAUUGCGACUGCAUUCGUUUGGCUGUUUGAUAUCAUUGUGCUGCGAUAGAACUCGUUGAACCUUUGCCUACGUGCCCUCGUUGAGACAAGCCUUGGAAGGUAGGGCGCAUCCAUGCCAGCAUGCGUUUUGCGGCAUGUCUUUGUUUGGGACUUGAUCCCCAGAUCUGUAUUGUCACAAUAGAUUCAGAGAGCAUGCUGUACACUAGUACAUUCAAGGCGGUGCUCAAACUGCAACCCUGGGAACAAGAAGGUGGUACUGGAGGUUAUACGUCUGACAAAUAGGAAUGCAGCUUCGGAGAAUUAUCCGAUGGCUUGCGAGGGGUGCACAGAAUGAGGAUGCUGUCGUGGGUGCUGCGUGUUGGCUGUUACAGUUAUGUGGAGAUAAUGUUGGCGAUGAAAAGCGAAUGUGUUUCUCCAUAAGCUGAGCAUUGAUGCCUGCAUUGAUGCCUAGAAUGUAGCGAAUGAGCGGAUGAGCUUGAUGCUACGGUUGAUGUCCUGGUUGGUUAACAUUGCGCUUGUGCAAUGUCUUCGGACUGGUCUGAAUGACAAGUGUAGACAUUUAGGUUUUAGAUGAGAAGAUAUUUUGUUUGAAAUUUGAAUCCUUUGGUGUUGUCCUCUUUACCACGAUUGAUGGCCUUUACAUGGGUGUGGUUGUUUCCCUUUGAGGGUUGCUUGAAGAUCAGGAGAGAUGGGUGGGUGGAGCGUGGAGUGUGGAGGAGGUCACAUCCGCACAGAGCUUCGGAGUGCACUGAGCCAAGCCGGCAAAUGGUGAGUGAGCAUGUCUACAAGGCAAUUACUUCUUUUUCAUGUGGAGAUUGCCUGCUGCUUGACGCUAAGGAAUUAGUGCAGCAUAUUGCAGUGUAUGUUUGUGGCGAUUUUAUGGUGCGCGACGAAAUGGUACAAGUGGGGAAAACCGGAGAGAGCUUGCUCUUGUCUCUGAAGGACUUGAGGAGAUGGCUUCAUUCAAAAUCGAUUGAUCACAUCCUUGUUUCAAUUAUGUCUUAAAGGUGGUCGAGACCAGGUGGUUUAAGGUGAGCUCCAGCAGGCAUCUUAAAGCACCAGUACAUACAUACCAGCUAUCGGCCGAGGGCCCCUUUCGGAGACGGCCCGCCGCCGAUUCGUUUUAUCUAUGGCCCUCGGCCUCUUAAAUUUCCGGAGAGGCUUAGAACAGGUUCUCUCCAUUUGCCUGGGGCCAUGUACUGGACCCAGGUGGUUUAAGGUGAGCUCCAGCAGGGGUCUUACAUGGAAAAUCUGUGGUCCUAGACAGAUCAGGAAAAUGCGACUUUUCGGUAGGAACGAGGGAGAUGGAUGGUUCUACCUGAGACUACCUCAAAAUGAAGGUGUGAACAAUUACUGGCCUGUUUCUACUUAUACGUGUGGGCUUUGCUUAUGUCGUGAGCUCCUCCAGCAUUGGUUUGAUUGAUGUUAAGAGGUGCAUCUUUUGAGAAGGAAUCGGGUAGCACAGGGCUGGCUCUUCGAUCGUGUUGCUUAACUGUUUAGCAGACAGCGAUGGAUGGUUCGUAUAGCAGAGGGCUGGCUCUUUGAUCGUGAGCUCCUCCAGCAUGGGCUUGACCGGUUUGUUUACGAGGGAGGUGCCAGCGAUGGAUGAUUCUAAUUGCAGAACAGAGUGAGUCUACUUGUGGUCCUGCAAUGGCUUUGGCAGACAAUGGCAUUACGUGCAGCGUGGGUUCCCGUCAGCAGCCCCUCGAGGAUGGAAGGCAGCUGCAACUUUGUCGCGAACCCUUGAAGAUGGGAGGUAGGCGCAACUUUUCGUCAGAAGGUAAGGGAAGCACCUGAAGUGUGUUGCUGGGCAAUUUGAUUCAUUGGCUUUGCCAAGUGUGAGCUGCGUGCGGGUGUGUGUUGCAGGGCAUGACUGUGUAAUGAAGUACUGAGCUCCGAGUAGACGUGGUACUGCCGACAUGCAUGCCAAUUGAACAUAAUGCGGAGACUUCAAUUCUUGAGGACCAUGAUGGUCUUUAAUCUUCAUCUUUUUCUGCCCUGCUUCUUUUCUGAUCUGUUCUUCAACUUUGGCACAGUUUGUGCUAUAUUGGUGGUAGUGGCAUGGAAGGCUUCGGUUAUGGGAUAGAAAUCAUAGAAGAUGAUUUUUCCUAUGUUUUGGCUAGGAACACAGUGAUUUGCAAUGGCAGCAGCACAGGUUUGUUGUGUACGCUCGGUGGCCCGGAAAAGGCUCCUCAGGUGAUGAGCCACAAGGCUGUGAAGCCGUUGCUGGUAGGGCACUGAAGGGAUUGAUUUUCAGUAGUGGUAGGAGUAGAUAGCGGUGGUGACUCAUUUGAUCAUGGGUGGUUGGUGGUUGUAGAGAGGAGUUGGAAAAUUGUUUCGAUGUGGUUCCAAAUUUUAAAACUUGGGAAGGAGGAGUCGACCUUCAAUUAAUCGUUUCAACCAUUUGGUGUUUUUUUGUUUCCAUUUAAAUGUGUGCGCGUGGCUUCAGUGCCUCGGUGCUUUGGUCG